UUCUGCUUAAUGUGAAUUCUUCUGACGAUCUUCCACCAUUGAUGAGUUUUAUUCCAGCUCCUCCGUCACACACGUUCCAUUUUCCGGUAUUCUCGCGUCCUUCUUACCUGGUUUCACUCUCAGUUUCUCUUUCGUAGAUGAAAGUUGAUCCGUCAUAUUUCGGCUCCAACCAAAGCAACAUCCCGGAAUUUUUCCUGUCCGGCAUAUCUUCAGUCUACGAGGUCCGGCUGCUUCUGUUCAUGACGUUUACCGUUGUCUACAUCACCACCAUCUUCGGCAAUGCCAUCAUCGUAUUAGUCAUACAGUUGGACGCUCGUCUGCAGACGCCGAUGUAUUUUUUCCUGACCAACCUUUCCGUUUUGGACAUCUGUUACUCCUCAGUCACCGUCCCCAAAUUGCUCGACGUCCUCCUUGCCGACAACAGGCGACUUCCAUUCGCCGGCUGUAUUUUGCAGAUGUAUUUCUUCCAUGUCCUGGCAAGCUCAGAGAUGUUUCUCCUCACCGCCAUGGCCUACGAUCGUUAUGUGGCAAUAUGCGACCCCUUACGUUAUGCGGUCCUAAUGAGGAGGGCGGUAAGCCUGCCGCUUGCCACCUGUGCCUGGUUGGGUGGGCUCCUCCAUUCCACCUUUCACACCGCCUUCAUUUUGAGGCUUUCCUUCUGUGGACCCAAUCUAAUGGACAACUUUUUCUGUGACGCCACCCCGCUGAUUAAGUUGUCGUGUUCGGAUGCGACGCUUGACGAAAUCCUGCUGACCGUGACGCCGGGAAUUCUGGGUCCCUCCUGCUUUACAAUCGUCCUCCUUUCUUAUGGUUACAUCAUAAGAAGCAUCGUGAAAAUCAAAUCCGGAGAAGGCCGGCGGAAGACCUUUUCCACGUGUGCCUCACAUUUAAUAGUGAUUUCCAUAUUCUACGGCACGGGGAUCAUCGUCUAUCUCCAGCCCAUGUCUGUCUACUCAUCUGCCAAUCGCUUCAUUACCGUUUUCUAUGCCGUCAUCACGCCCAUGUUAAAUCCGAUCAUCUAUACACUGAGGAACAAGGACGUCAAAGGGGCCGUGCAAAAGCUUCUGUUCCAGCAGACCAUUGCACAAUAAAGUGGCAUAAUAAGGACUUUCUGAUUGGCUGUCAAUGAAUAUAGGAUAAUUCAGACGUAUAUGACAUAGGUGUAGAUGAAGGUCAUACGUCGAUGAUGUCACUACUUCAUACAAGCUUUGUUGAUCCACAAACAACAUACACUAUGUCCUUGCCUGAGAAUCGCCCCUUACUGACGCAUUUCACCCCGGUGACAAUCAUAGAGCCUUUCACUGGCACACAAUGUUUCAGCGGUUGAUGACGGGUUUGAUCAUUGGAGGGGUGCUGCUUGGUACAGAUUGUAUGAUAUGUGUGUUAGUCUGAAGAAUACAACUUCCGUAAUCAUGGAUUGGGUGAAAGGA